AUGAAUUAAUUAAUAAAUAAAUAGAUAGAUAAAGGCUAAUUAUAAUUUAUUAAGGAAAGUUAAUAAUUCAAAAAGUUAAGGCCAAAAAUUAGUUAUUUGGUGGAGUAGCUACCUAUCAAACUUAGUUAAGUCAAAUAUAGAUCAAAAUACUUAACAACUCAAAAUGGUCUUAUUUUUUAAUAAAUUUCAGACAUUUAAAACAAAAAUUUUAGCUUAAAAUGA